AUGGUGGACGCAACAACGUCGUCGGAGCCGUCCAGCGAUAUCGAGAAGCUGGAGCACUUCCCGACAGAUGGUUCAGAUUCAGAAGCCAGGCAGAUCAAGACGGAGAGAGAGAGAACAGACGCAUCCAGCAAUGCCACUAGUGAUGGAGAAGGAGAGGUUGACCAGCGUGAUGACGAUGAGAACCAGCCAACGACCAGCAUCGCGAGCCGUGUCCUCAGUCGGAUGACUUCACGCUCAAGCGUUGCGCCAGGGCCGCCACCUGAUGGAGGGUUUACCGCAUGGAUGUGUGUUCUCAGUGGACAUCUCGUCAUCAUGAAUACUUGGGGUGUCAUCAACUCUUUUGGUGUAUUUCAACCGCACUACACGUCGACUCUGAACCGUGCGCCGUCUGACAUCUCUUGGAUCGGCUCAUUCGAGAUCUUCCUGCUCUUCUUCAUCGGCACCUUUACCGGCCGCUUGACCGAUGCGGGAUUCUUCCGCCUCCUUUUCGCCACGGGCUCCGUGCUCGUGGUGGCCGGCACCUUUGCCACGUCGUUCUGCACACAGUACUGGCAGUUCUUCCUGGCGCAGGGCGUCUGCAUGGGCCUCGGCAAUGGAUUCUUGUUCUGCCCGUGCCUGUCUCUGCUUGCGACGUACUUUCAGAAGAGGCGAGCGCUGGCGAUCGGCAUCUCGGCAUGCGGCAGCGCGACGGGCGGCCUGGUGUUUCCCAGCAUCGUCAGGGAACUGCUGCCGCGGAUCGGGUUCGGCUGGACGAUGCGGGUCAUUGGGUUCAUCCAGCUGGCCACCAUGCUCGUGAGCUUCUUCUUCCUCAAACCGAGGAUCGCUCCGCGCAAGGCCGGCCAGCUGGUGGAGUGGGCGGCCUUCGCGGAGCUCGAGUACACGUUCUACGCCUUGGGGUCCUUCCUGUGCUUCAUGGGGGUCUACUUUGCCUUCUUCUACCUCGCCUCCUACUCGCGCGACGUGGAGGGCCUGUCCUACCUCAACUCGCUCAACCUCCUCCUGCUCCUCAACGGCAUCGGCGUCAUCGGCCGGCUGCUGCCCAACUACGUCGCCGACACGCUCGGCACCCUCAACAUGUUCAUCCCCAUGGCCGGCAUCAGCUCGCUGCUGGCCUUCUCGUGGAUGGCCGUGUCGUCCGAGCCGGGCCUCUACGCCUGGGUCGUCUUCUACGGCAUCGCCGCCGGCGGCAUCCAGAGCCUGUUCCCCGCCGGGCUGAGCGCGCUGACGUCGGACCCGCGCAAGCAGGGCACGCGCAUGGGCAUGGUCUUUACGAUUGUGAGCUUCGCCGUGCUGACGGGGCCGCCCAUCGCGGGGGCCGUCAUCGACGCCACGGGCGGGCGGUACGUCGGCGCGCAGGCCUUUGCGGGGAGCUGCAUGGCCCUCGGCAUGGGGGGGUUGCUGGCGGCCCGGGAGGUCAAGAGACGGAAACUCGGCAAGGGCGUUUGGGCCAAGGUGUGA